UGUGACACACUAGUGAACAACAUGUCAGAGGCCUUCAACAGCAUGCUAGUGGAUGCUAGGAGUAAGCCAAUAGUUGCCAUGCUUGAAGAAAUAAGGUUGUACAUGAUGAAUAGAUGGGCAAGUAAUAGAUUGAAAGUAAGUUCUUUUCAAAGUUCAAUAUGCUCUAAAAUUCAUGAUAGACUAGACAAGGAGAUGUAGUUAACAAAAUAUUGGGUUCCAAGUUGGUCAGCGGACAAGAUUUUUGAGGUCAGACAUGUUUCUACUAUUGGUGACAAGUUUGUAGUUAAUGUGGACAACAUGGAAUGCAAUUGCAGAAAAUGGAGUAUUACUGGCAUUCCGUGUUGCCACUCGCUAACUGCAAUGAACUUCUUGAAUCUGAAUGCAAAACAAUAUAUAGCACACUGGUUUACCAAGUCAUCAUAUGAAGAAAUUUAUAACUCAAUAAUAUAUCCUGUGAACGGCCAAAAUGUUUGGGAGAUUACUCCAUUCCCUGAUGUCUUACCUCUUGUAAAGCGUAGCUUACCUGGAAGACCAAAAAAGAAAAGGAGACUUCUAACUUCUAAGCUGAAUAAAGAUGAAACCCAGGUUAGAAGAGGAGGGGAAAGGAAGAAAUGUGUCAUCUGUAAACAAGUAGGACACAAUAGAAGCACAUGCCCACAUGCUCCACCAUCUCUAGAACCAUCACCUAAUACAACCCAACCGUCAAGUUCUAAUGUAGGUGAUAAUCUGCCACCAAGCAUCAAUUUGACUCAAGCUUCAACUUCAAAUCAACCAAUUCCAGCACUUGCAACAACCAUUGCAGCACCUGCAACAGCCAUUCCACCACUUCCAACACAUCCCACUGCAACAACAAAUGCACCACAACGUCCCCCAUCACGUGGCAUACCCAACAUCAGGCAGAAACUUCCACAUAGGAGGGGGCAAGUUUGGAAACCGUGAAGUACUUGAUGUAUUUUGGAUGUAGUAUUUGUUGUAUUUAAUGUAUUUUGUGGUUUGUAUGCACUUUGGAUUUAGUUUUGGAUGUAACACUUGAUGUUAUUUUGGAAUUAGUUUUGGAUGUACCACUUCAUGUGGACCCAUAUGUGGGUUAAGAUUGUAGGCUUUGUUCAAAACCAGUUCAAUUUAUUUAGACAAAGGAAUAUAUUUUGGACUUCU